AGAAAGGCGUUAUACGGAGACUCCGAUGGUCAAAUAGGACAAAGGGACUGUCGUUCAGUGUUGUCGGCGAGACACCUAUAUAGGAAUAGGAAAUCGCUACAACAUGUCUGACCAUACAAAUUCCGUCCAUUCCACUACAAACGCAACGGAUUCGAGCAGGGGGUCCUUCGCUCCAAUCACCGCUGGAAGCACUGGCUCCUCGGCUGGUGUACCGCCUUCAUCGGCGACAGGUGCGAGCUCCUCCAAUGCGCCUGCCGGAGAUGACUCGCCGUCGUUCCCCCUCAAGGCAGGGACCAAGUCAACAAAGAGUAUAGACAAUCUAGAGAAAUUGAGGUUAUGGUAUUGCGCGGAGAAGAAAUUGUCCGCUGAAACCCAGUUCGUCAAAUUACUGCUCUUGAUUGAGACGGGUUUCAACAACAUUUUCGACAAGUUGCCUCAAGCAACCGGAAUCCGAGGCGAUGUUCGGAAUUUAUCCCAUGCCAUUGUGACCGCUCUCUCUCGGAAGAUGUGCGAGCCUCACGACCCUAGUGGAUUGAAUCAACACUGGGAUCCAUGGCUCAUGAAUCCAGAUUUCGGUGAGAAAAUCAGUCUCUUCAUAGAAGCUACGAAAAUCAAAUCAGCCCGGUCAGAAAUGAAGCCACUGAACGCAUCCGACUUCUCGAACAUGGAAGGGGCUUACAAGCUGGUUCAGAAUUGGAAGCCUGAAUCGGUCAACUUUUUUGCGAGUCCCCGAGAAGAAAUGACGGCCGAAGAGGUUGACAAGGUCCUUGAUGCUUUCUUCCAUAACCCUUGAUGUAGAGAA